AUUUGGUGUAAAGAAUAAAUUCUUGAUUAAUUAGUGGCGGCCACCUCACAGAUACCCCGCCCGCACAUGCCCCAUCUCUUUCUCGUUUUACAUCCCAGCCGUCCAUCCCAUCGCAAUCGACGGUGCCAUCGGGCAUUAAAUCGCCAAUACCCAUCAACUCUCACCUCCAGAUCACCGUACAGCAGCCCGCACCGAAGCCCUCCUCCGCCCCUCCUUUUUAACCCUCUUUCUUUCUCUCUCUCAUCUCUACGGGAAGAAACGGAGUUGAGCUCUUCGCCACGUUAAUUCGCCCACCAGAUCUUGAGAUAUUUCCAAUUUCUCCCUGUACCUGAUUCCCCCUCAAUUCGCCAUCUCCGAUGUCUUCUCCAGCUCAGAUUCCGCUCUCCAACCAGGAAUCCAGCGGCGGCGCAACCCAAGCUUCCGUAGUCGCCGCCGUCCGGUCCUUCGUCGCCCGGCUCUACGGCGCAAUCGGCACUUCGCUCUCCCACCGUCGCCCAUGGACGGAGCUCAUCGACCGCUCCGCCUUCUCCAGGCCCGGCUCUCUCUCCGAAGCCACCACCAGGAUCAGGAAGAACUACUCCUACUUCCGCGUCAACUACACGACUCUGCUCGCACUCGUCCUCGCCGUCUCCCUAAUCUCCCACCCGUUCUCCCUCCUCACCCUCCUCUCCCUCCUCGCCGCCUGGCUCUUCCUCUACACCUUCCGCCCCUCCGACCAGCCCCUGGUGGUGAUGGGCCGGACCUUCUCGGACCGGGAAACCCUCGGGAUCUUGAUGCUCGUGACCGUGGUCGUCGUCUUCCUGACAAGCGUGGGGUCGCUGCUCAUCUCGGCGACCAUGGUCGGCGUGGCGAUUGUGUGCGUCCACGGCGCGUUUAGGGAUCCGGAGGACUUGUUCAUGGAUGAUCAGGAGGGAGCUGGGGCCGGACUGUUCUCGUUCAUCGGAGGGUCGGCGUCGUCGGCCGCUGCUGCCGCCGCUGGGAGCAGCAUGAUGUCGCGCGUGUGAGAUUUAGAUUGGUGGCUCUAUCUUGAUUACUUUUUUUUCUGCUGUUAUACUGUGGGGUUAGGGUUUUGGUAGUGGAUUUUGGGGCAGUUUCGAAACGGAUUGCAAGUUCUCAUCGUAUAUCUAAUCUACAGAGGCAUUUACCACCGCAAUGGCGGUUGGGCAAUUCAGAUUGCAAAUUUCUUCAUUUUGUGUAUUUUUGGUUUCAUCGUUACACUUUGCCAUAAGGUGAAGAUCACUAACGUGAAGAUCAGUGACCGAGUUUAUCACUAAUAAGCUAAUCCAUCAUCUUGUCCGCAAUGCAACAGUAUCAGUCUGCAUUGACGUCAUAUCCAUCACCUGUCAUACUCAUACCAGACUGCAAUCAAAUGGGAGUCAUCUGACGAAGAUAAUAACGAAGAAACUACAAUUCAGAAGACAAAAACUUGCAAAUGGAACUUUGAUGAAUAUGUAUGCUACAGAAGUGCUUCUUCUUUUACCCCUUUGCUUUUCUAUUUUCUUUUUGUUUAUUGGGUUAAUACCCUAGUUUGGCCCGAAGUUUGGCUUAAGUGACAGUUCUGGCCCCAUUUUUCAAAUAAGACAUUUAUGGCCUA